AUGGAGGCCAUCCGUCAGACUAUUACUCGGACAGCUCUUGGGCUAGCCGAGUAUGUAACACCAGUCCUUAAAGAAUCAAAGUUUCGAGAAACCGGUGUCAUCACCCCUGCUGAGUUUGUAGCUGCUGGGGAUUUUCUGGUUCACCACUGUCCAACAUGGCAAUGGUCCGGAGGCGAACCCAGCAAAGCUAGAUCCUAUUUGCCUGCGGAUAAACAGUUUCUCUUUACCAAAGGAGUGCCCUGUUACAAGAGAGUCAGUCAGCUGUUCAAUACUAGUGGAGAUUCCGACAGAAUUUUGGAAGAGCAUGAUGCUGAGGGUGGUUGGGUUGAGACUUGCUUCUUUGGAUCUGAUCCUUCUGGUGUCGAUAGUGAGUCGGAAACGGAAAUUGCAGGGGAAAUUGAACGCUCUGAAAAAACUAACGACGCUGAGGAGGAUGAAGAAGAAGCAGAAGAUCUGGAUGCAUACAUACAAAGUGGAAUGCUCGACGAGGUUGAUGCUCAAGCUGUUUCCGAUAGGGUUCGUCGACCCUCGAAGUCUUUCGGUGGUAAAGAUGAUGCCUUCAUGAGAAAUGGAGUGCUUCAAACGCGGACAUAUGACCUCUAUAUCACUUAUGAUAAAUACUAUCAGACUGCUCGGUUUUGGCUUUGUGGGUACGAUGAGAAUCACAAUCCAUUGUCGGAGGCUCAAAUGUAUGAGGACUUCAGCCAAGAUCACGCAAAAAAGACAAUAACAACAGAAUCACAUCCACACCUUUCGGGAGCUCCAAUGCCUUCUAUCCAUCCCUGUCGUCAGGCGGAGGUGAUGAAAAAGCUGAUGGAGAUGAUCGAUUCCUCCAACCAUAUCCCUUCCGUUGCUAAUUCUGUUCCUACUGGGGGUGGAGAAGCUCCAGGACGUCAGUUGGGCGUGCACCAGUACCUGGUUGUCUUCCUUAAGUUUGUUCAGACUGUCAUUCCCACCAUUGAGUACGACUUUACCCGCAACUUCAAGAUCUCCUGA